CGGGGAACUGCAGUGCAUUCUGGGAAAGCCGCCAAGCCCUCGGCUUUGUUUCCCGCCCCAGCGCGGCGUUUGGUUUCCGGAGGUCCGCAGAAGCACUGCGGUUCCCGGCUUGGGGGCUUUCCUCGGAGGCGCCUCUCCUUCCCACCUCGGGUUUUGUCUCGCGCGGCAGUCCUCCCGACGCCGCCAGCAUGUCUGGGGUGCGCGCUGUGCGGAUCAGCAUCGAGUCGGCCUGCGAGAAGCAGGUCCAGGAGGUGGGCCUGGAUGGCACUGAAACGUACCUGCAGCCGCUGUCCAUGUCGCAGAACCUGGCGCGCCUGGCCCAGCGGAUCGACUUCAGCCAGGGUUCGGGCUCCGAGGAGGAGGAGGCGGCGGGGGCUGAGGGGGACGCGCAGGACUGGGCUGGCGCCGGGUCCAGCGCAGACCAGGACGACGAGGAAGGGCUGGUAAAAUUUCAACCUUCUCUUUGGCCCUGGGACUCCGUGAGGAACAAUUUGAGAAGUGCCUUGACAGAGAUGUGUGUUCUCUAUGAUGUCCUUAGUAUUGUUAGAGAUAAAAAAUUUAUGACUCUUGAUCCCGUCUCUCAGGAUGCACUUCCUCCAAAACAGAACCCUCAGACACUGCAGUUGAUAUCUAAAAAGAAGUCGCUGGCUGGAGCAGCACAGAUCCUAUUGAAGGGGGCAGAAAGACUGACCAAAUCAGUCACUGAAAACCAAGAAAAUAAGCUGCAAAGAGACUUCAACUCUGAGCUUUUGAGAUUACGGCAACACUGGAAACUCAGAAAAGUUGGAGAUAAAAUUCUUGGAGAUCUGAGCUACAGAAGCGCAGGAUCUCUCUUUCCCCAUCACGGUACAUUCGAAGUAAUAAAGAAUACAGAUAUUGAUCUGGAUAAGAAGAUACCUGAAGAUUACUGUCCCCUCGAUGUACAAAUUCCUAGUGAUUUAGAGGGGUCUGCAUAUAUCAAGGUUUCAAUUCAAAAACAGGCUCCAGACAUAGGUGACCUUGGCACAGUCAACCUCUUCAAACGACCUUUGCCCAAAUCCAAACCAGGUUCCCCACAUUGGCAGACGAAAUUAGAAGCAGCACAGAACGUUCUCUUGUGUAAAGAAAUUUUUGCGCAGCUCUCUCGGGAAGCUGUUCAAAUUAAGUCACAGAUCCCUCACAUUGUGGUGAAAAACCAGAUUAUCUCUCAGCCCUUUCCAAGCUUGCAGUUACUGAUUUCUUUGUGCCAUUCCUCAAAUGAUAAGAAAUCCCAAAAAUGUGCUACUGAGAAGCAAAGUCCGGAGGACCAUCUUUAUGUCUUAGAGCAUAAUUUGCAUCUACUAAUUAGAGAGUUUCAUAAACAGACCUUGAGUUCCAUCACGAUGCCUCAUCCAGCAAGCGCACCUUUUGGUCACAAGAGAAUGAGACUUUCGGGUCCCCAGGCUUUUGAUAAAAACGAGAUUAAUUCAUUACAAUCCAGUGAAGGGCUUCUGGAAAAAAUAAUUAAACAAGCAAAGCAUAUCUUUCUGAGGAGCAGGAAUUUUUGGAAGAAAUCCUGUCAAGGAAACGAAUCCCAGAAAAGGAAGAGAAAGUUUAAGAGGUUGAAAGAAACCAGUACUGGAGCAGAAGCAGUAAAAGAGCAAACCCCAAACCCAUUUAUAGCUGCUGCAACCAUUGACAGCUUGGCAAGUCGCAUCGAGGACCCUCAGAUACAGGCUCACUGGUCGAAUAUUAAUGAUGUUUAUGAAUCUAGUGUGAAGGUUUUAAUCACAUCACAAGGUUAUGAACAGAUAUGCAAGUCCAUUCAGCUGCAGUUGAAUAUCGGAGUUGAGCAGAUCCGAGUUGUACACAGGGAUGGAAGAGUGAUCACACUGUCUCACCAGGAGCAGGAGCUACAGGACUUCCUCCUGUCACAGAUGUCACAGCAUCAGGUGCAUGCAGUUCAGCAGCUCGCCAAGGUUAUGGGCUGGCAAGUGCUAAGCUUCAGUAAUCAUGUGGGCCUUGGACCCAUAGAGAGCAUUGGCAAUGCCUCUGCCAUAACGGUGGCCUCCCCGAGUGGUGACUAUGCUAUCUCAGUUCGCAAUGGCCCUGAAAGUGGCAGCAAGAUCAUGGUUCAGUUUCCCCGGAACCAGUGUAAAGACCUUCCGAAGAGUGAUGUCUUACAGGAUAGCAAAUGGAAUCAUCUUCGUGGUCCGUUCAGAGAAGUUCAGUGGAAUAAGAUGGAAGGUCGAAACUUUGUCUAUAAAAUGGAGCUGCUUAUGUCUGCGCUCAGCCCUUGCCUGCUAUGAUCCUUGUUUCCAGCACGGUCUCUGGAUUGUUUUUUUGGCAGAGAAGUUUCCAGAAACAGACUUGAGAAGAUGAACCAUUAAGCACAAGGAAGAGAAAUUUUCCAAAGGAGUAUUGUUUUAAAAAAAUAAUUAGCAGAUGUUUACCUAGCAUUUUGAAACCUUUCACUUUAUAAGUGACGAGUGCUUUGAAAUGCAGAAGCUUAUGUACAGUUACAGGGUAUAUAGUAUAGGGAGAUGCAAAACAACUUUUUUUAUGCAGUUAACUUGAAAUGUUACUAAUUUAUGGGUUUGAAUUAACUUUUUAAAAUAUUCCUUUGAUGUUGACAUCAAAUAAAGCAUAUGGUUAAAAAUUCCA